AUGGAGGCCACAGUCUUUGCAUAUGUGUUGUGUAUUGCACAGUACAUCGCUGCUUCGAGUGCUGCCGCAGUGGUGUCAGUACCUCCCAGUGAGUCAUGGGACGGAAAUGACGGCCCUUGGUCAUCGUUUGGAGUCCAGAUUGGAACACCACCACAGUUCAUUCGGGUCCUUCCAUCAUCCUCGGGUUCCAGCCUUUGGGUCAUUGCACCAGAGGGCUGCAACACACAGACCGAUCCAAGCAACUGCGAUGAUCUGCGUGGAGGGAUAUUCGACAAGUCUAGUUCGACAACGUGGACAGAGAAAGGUAUAUAUGGAUUAGACCUCUCCACAGAGAUAGCCUGGGGUUAUUCAGGCAACGGAGACUUUGGUUUUGAUAAUAUCAGCCUGGCCGACCCCGGAAGUGGAGGUGCUACACUCAAUGACAGCGUCUUAGCAGCAAUCGCAAGCAAAGACUUCUUCAUCGGGUCACUAGGACUCAAUCCGUGGGGGGUGAACUUUACAGACUACAAUGAGCCUGUUCCAGGCAUCAUCAACAUGCUUCUUGACCAGAAACAUAUAGCUGGACGAUCAUGGGGCUAUACAGCUGGUGCCCGCUAUUCUCCCACACAAACGUUUGGAAGUUUGACGUUCGGUGGGUAUGAUUCAUCACGAUUCAUUCCGAACGAUUUGACAAUAACCCGUGACGAGGACACGAGUCACGACCUACUGAUAGGUGUGCAAACGAUCACUUCAGGGACAGACAGCCUGCUACUCGAUGGCUUCAUGGCCUUGAUCGACUCUACUGUAGGCCAACUCUGGCUUCCUACUGCAGUUUGCGAGCGUUUUGAAGAAGUCUUCGGAAUAACUUGGGAUGAGAGCCUGAAUCUCUACCUUGUGAACUCCACACUACAUGACCAACUCCAAGCUCAGAAUCCAAACAUUACUUUCACGAUUGGCAGCACACCGACGAGCCAACCGAUAGUCAACAUUGUACUGCCUUACGCUGCCUUUGAUCUUACGGCAUCCUGGCCUUUAACACCUAACGGCUCAACAAGGUACUUUCCGAUACGGCGAGCUGCAAAUGCCACGCAGUACGUUUUAGGAAGACCAUUCCUGCAAGAAGCAUAUGUUAUCGUGGACUACGACCGCAACAACUUCUCCGUUUCACAGGCUAUAUAUCCUGAUAACGACGUGCCACAGAUGUUGGUGACAAUAUAUCCCCCGAAUGAGGGCCAUGCAAAAAGAUCCUUGGGAAAAGGUGCUAUUGCUGGCAUUGUCCUGGCCUGUGUCUGUCUCCUCGCCGCUGCCGGCCUCGCCACAGUUAAACUCACUCAAUGGUGGAAGAGAACUCCUUCACAGAUGCAGAAUUUGGAUAUCGCAGAGCAGAUGAUGACUAGUCACACUCAGGGCUUUUACAAACCCGAGCUUGAAGCUAACUCUCAUGCCGUCGGAGAUCUGAGCGCCUACGAUAAACAGAGAUUAGCUGGUUCUGAGACAGGUAUGGCUGAGAUCGACGGGCGCAGCGCUGCAGAGGACCGUCAACAUGUGCAAACCACCCCGGCAGACUUCCGUGCCGUGCAAACACCUCUCCUCUGGCCACGCACCUAUUCCGAUUUGGGAACAAACGGCAGUGCAGAGGUUGCUGGCACGAACCGAGUAGUGGCUGAGACAGAAGGGAAUGUCUCACGAGCUGAGCUGGAGGGCGCGGAUGUGCACAACACUAGGAAUCCAAGGCACGAAUUGCCGUAACAAAUGGAUGAUCUUCAACACCCUCAUGUGAUUCACAACCAUGCCCCAGCAGCCAUUCAUCCUCGAGAGUUUUACCAUCCUAUUAACCACCAGUCUCAUGUAAGUAAAUACCAUUCCAAGAUUUACAAACCUCCCG